CUCCGCUGCCAAUAACCUCACAGUUGAAGGAGGGACUUUGUUGAGCGCUGCGUUGGUGGAUGCUUUACAGUCAGACAGGAACCGGGGACUUGAAGAAAAUCACUUUUCGGGAUUUUCAGAGACUCACAGGUUAUUUUUCCCAGACGACAUCACACAGCAGACAAACAGCAGAUCGAUAAAUAUGAAGAAUCCUCUGUUCUGGGCUCUGCUGGUCGGGAUGACCAUCCUGCUGAUGGAGCAAGUGUAUCUGGAUGAGCGUGUUGGAACCGCUGCAGGCCGCCUACUGAUAACCCUGUCAAACAACCCAACACCCCCAACUGUCAGCUCUCCCAGGGGCUCUGCUACUCUGCUAAUGGAGACCAAUUCCAGCUCCACCAGAGGAAGAGGGUUGCCAGUCCGCAGCCAAGGGGAUUCUCAAUCCGACAACAAAGUGAUGGACAAUAUCACCGUCCGACAAGGAGAGACGGUCUUUCUCAGGUGUGCACAGGGAGACGUUGUCACACACACAGCAUGGCUAAACCGCUCAAGUAUACUGUAUGCCGGAGAAGACAAAUGGUCUGUGGAUCCCAGAGUGAGUCUGGUGACCCUUAAUCAAGAGGAGUUUACCAUCAAGAUUGAAAAUGUGGACAUGACAGAUGAGGGGCAGUAUGUGUGUGCAGUCCAGACAAGCAGUCGACCGAGAACCACCUCAGUGCACAUCCUUGUCCAAGUACCACCGAAAAUCAUCAACCUGUCAAGAGAUAUUGUGGUAAAUGAAGGCUCCAACGUCACCCUGAUGUGCCAAGCCAGCGGUAAACCAGAGCCUUCCAUCAGCUGGAAACUCAUAUCCUCUUCAGGGGACCUGGCAUCAGACGACGAGUACCUGGAAAUCCCAUCUAUCUCCAGACAGAGAGCUGGGACUUACGAAUGCACAGCUGUCAACGAUAUUGACACAGAUGUCCAGACCGUAGACAUCACCGUCAACUAUGCUCCAACUGUGUCAGAGGGCAGAGAUGUUGGAGUGACUCUGGGCCAAAGGGGAGUGCUGGAGUGUGAGGCUGAUGCAGUGCCUGAGGCAGAUUUUGAGUGGUAUAAAGAUGACAGAAGGAUCUUCAAUGGCUUUGAUGGCAUGGAAAUUGGGACUACUGGAUCACUGUCGAAGCUGACAUUUUUUAAUGUGUCUGAUGGAGAUUAUGGCAACUACACUUGUGUCGCCAUCAACAAACUUGGGAGCUCAAACACAAGCUUCCUUCUGUAUGUGGUAAUUGAACCCACUAGCUCAACGCUAUUGCAAGGACCGAGAGCAGUUCAGGAUGGCAGCGGCGGCGCAAUGGGAGUGCACUCACACACCUGUCUCCUCUUCAUAGUGUUUCUGCCGUUCCUGCUCAGAUUUUGAAGAGGAAUGGAUUUGAACACAAGUAUUGUGUGUGUGUGUGUGUGUGUGUGUGUGUGUGUGUGUGUGUGUGUGUGUGUGUUUUUUUUUUUUUCCCAACCGGAACCAUAAACUGAUGCACAGUAAGUGCAUGAAGCAUCCUGCUACAUAAUGAUGUUGACCCACUAAAUAAGUACGUAACAAAAGUUUCAGUUGUUUUUAUUUUUAGAUUUCAAGGAUGUAACAAAUGUUUCACAUUUUAAUUAAAUUAUAAUUUCUUUCUCUCUAAAUUAUAUUAUUCUGGAUUGUCUCUUUUUAUGUAUAUGUCUCGGAAAAAAAAUAAUUUUUUAAAUGUGGUGUCUCUUAUUCAAAAGGAUUUGUCUUCAUUUUUUAACCACAUUGCAUAUUCAUGUCAACUCCAGGAGGCAAAUGUACAGCAAGUAUGAGAGGUGAAUGUUAAAAAUCUCAAAGUCAAACCGAGACAGUGAAGCAGAAGAAAUUUAGGUUACCCUGAGGCUGAAAGCCUGGUAUUAUCAUAUCUUAAUGUAUAAUAAUUAUCAUUCAGUCUGGUUGUUGAAAGCAGAAUUGUUUUUGACCUCUAAGUAUUUUUGUUCUCAGCAUUAUAGUGAUAUACUUGCAGUUGUGUUAUGCUAAUCUUUUAAUUUUUUUUUUCAAUUAUGUUUAGUUUUAAAUAUUUUUGAGAAGGAAAAAUAUGAAGUUGUAAUUAUUUAGGACAAAUAUUAUGUCUUUGUUGUCUUUUUUUUACCAGUACAAUUGUACACAAACAUGGUGUCAAGAAUAAUUAUGUUAUAAUUAAGUAGUUAAAAAUGGAGAGAGAGUUUAGUCCACUUGUGUGGAGUCGACGUCUGACUUAAGUGAUGCAAAUGUAUUAAUGCUGUUGCUACUUGUGUGAACAUCAUGCCAUUUCUACACAACACAGUUAUUUGAGAAAAUGUUCCUGUUCAUGUUCCAAACCAGCACUAGAGGGUUAGAGACCACUCAGUAAAAUCAUGUUAAUAGAAAAUAAACACUUUUUGCAUGUAUUUAGACACCAAUAA